CUAGUAGUGUACAUAAUAAUAAGCACACAAGCCGUGGAGCCGACUUCGUUCGCCAAAAGCUCUCCUUCCUGCUGCUGUCGAAACUAGAAAGAGAAGCUAGCCCGUCUCCGCUCCCCGCCUCUCCCCCUCGCCGCCGCCGAUGGCGUCGGCGGAGCCGAGGAAGAAGCCUGCCCCCGGGCGCGGCGGCGUAGUCUCCCUCCCCCCGGGGUUCUCCGAGGAGGAGGCGCGCGUCCGCGCCAUCGCGGAGAUCGUCUCCGCCAUGGCGGAGCGCUCGCGGCGCGGCGAGGACGUCGACCUGAACGCGCUCAAGUCCGCGGCGUGCCGCAAGUACGGCCUCGCCCGCGCCCCCAAGCUGGUGGAGAUGAUCGCCGCCGUCCCCGAGGCCGACCGCGCCGCCCUCCUCCCCCGCCUCCGCGCCAAGCCCGUCCGCACCGCCUCCGGCAUCGCCGUCGUCGCCGUCAUGUCGAAGCCCCACCGCUGCCCCCACAUCGCCACUACCGGCAACAUCUGCGUCUACUGCCCCGGCGGCCCCGACUCCGACUUCGAGUACAGCACCCAGUCCUACACCGGCUAUGAGCCCACCAGCAUGCGAGCCAUCCGAGCCAGGUACAAUCCGUAUGUCCAAGCUAGAAGCAGAAUAGAUCAGCUUAAAAGGCUAGGCCAUAGUGUGGAUAAGGUUGAGUUCAUUUUGAUGGGAGGAACUUUCAUGUCAUUGCCUGCAGACUAUCGUGAUUAUUUUAUCAGAAAUCUCCAUGAUGCUCUAUCUGGGCAUACUUCUGCUAAUGUUGAGGAGGCUGUUUCUUAUUCAGAGCAUAGUGCCAUCAAAUGUAUUGGCAUGACAAUUGAGACAAGACCUGAUUACUGUCUGGGCCCACAUUUGCGUCAAAUGCUGUCUUACGGUUGUACCCGACUGGAAAUAGGAGUUCAAAGCACUUACGAAGAUGUUGCUCGUGAUACAAAUAGAGGUCAUACAGUAGCUGCUGUUGCUGAUUGCUUUUGUUUAGCAAAAGAUGCGGGUUUUAAGGUUGUUGCGCACAUGAUGCCAGAUCUGCCGAAUGUUGGAUUUGAAAGAGAUAUGGAAAGUUUUCGAGAAUUUUUUGAGAGCCCAGCUUUUCGGGCCGAUGGGCUUAAGAUUUAUCCGACCCUUGUAAUUCGUGGAACUGGUCUGUAUGAGCUAUGGAAAACUGGCAGGUACAGAAAUUACCCACCGGAACUCCUGGUAGAUAUUGUCGCAAGAAUUCUAUCAUUGGUGCCACCAUGGACGCGUGUGUACAGAGUCCAGAGGGAUAUCCCUAUGCCCCUCGUCACUUCUGGAGUUGAGAAAGGCAAUCUGCGAGAGCUUGCUUUGGCUCGCAUGGAGGAUUUGGGGUUAAAGUGCCGAGAUGUUAGAACACGCGAAGCUGGAAUUCAGGACAUCCACCACAAAAUUAAGCCUGAAGAAGUUGAGCUCGUGCGGCGUGAGUAUGCUGCAAAUGAGGGUUGGGAGACCUUUCUCUCUUAUGAAGAUACUCGCCAGGAUAUUCUUGUUGGUCUGUUACGCUUACGUAAAUGUGGCCGCAAUGUAACAUGCCCUGAGCUUGUUGGGAGGUGCUCUAUUGUUCGUGAACUUCAUGUUUAUGGAACCGCUGUACCAGUGCACGGACGUGAGGCUGACAAGCUGCAGCACCAGGGUUACGGAACACUAUUGAUGGAAGAAGCAGAGCGCAUUGCUCGUAGGGAGCAUCGGUCCACGAAACUGGCUGUAAUAUCUGGUGUUGGAACUCGUCACUACUACCGCAAACUUGGUUAUGAACUCGAAGGACCCUACAUGGUGAAAUGUUUAGUAUAACUUUUGUUUUGCGUCGUUACUUUUGUAUUCUGUAAAGAUUUUGUAAGAUUUUUAUGGAAAGGUCAAUGUAUAAUUAGUGCGCGAGGUCAUUACGAACAGAAAUAGUUUGCUCAUCUUUGAAUUUGUUUAAUUGUGGCAGAGGUGUUCUCUAGUUUAAAUCCAGAGUUAGCUCUGUUGAGUUUUUUUUUUUAACUCGAGAGGUAUAAAUGCACAUUUUCACAUAACCGCCCCAUACUGUGUGGGCUUUGUAGAGUUUGGGGUGUUUGGAUUUAGGGAUGUCAAUUGGUAUGGAUAUUCCAAAUUUUAUUCAAGCCCGAAUUCGAAUGUACUG